AGGGUGUUAGCGAUAUUCUGCUUCGCAGAAUCUGUAUUACCUUCUCUCGCACACAAGAUGCUGAUGAGAAUCCCUUGUUCAAAGUACAGUGUGAAUCCUUGUUAUCUCCCUUAGAUUGAUUCAUCCGUUAGAGUAUCUGUUUUCGUUUUCUCCUUCGGUAACCCUAGAAAUAUCGCAAAUUCUGCAAGAAUUCCGAGCGGAGUAACCAACCAUGGAAAAGGUUUCAGCAGCUUGCGCCAUGGAUUGGAGCAUCAAGCUCGAGAAAGCUCUUCGCUCAAAAAACCCAGCUAGAGCUGCUGAAGUCAUAAUGGAGACCGGUGGAAAUCUUGAACAAUGGAGAAGAGAACGAGAACCUUCAACAGCGGUUUACAAUAUGUUUGGUCUUGUUCCUGAAGAGGAUAGGCUCUUUGCAAAUACUAUCCUGUUGAGGCUAGUUGAUGCUUUUUGUUCUGGAGAUAAGCUUGUUAGGCUGACUGUUGUCCGGGUUUUUAUGUCGAUGUUCAAGCAAAGCAGGAGGAAGAAAAGGAGUGAAUGGGCUAGAGGGUUUUUAGCAAAGGCCAGGGUGGAAAACCACUUGGAAUUGCUGAAGAGGGUGAAGGAUGUUUAUGAAAAUGGUGAUAUUGAUGGGAGGGCUAUGGCCUUAAUUCUCUUCGGGUGUUGGAGAGAUUUUGCCAGUGAUUAUGCUCCGAUACGUUACUUGAUAUUCACCAGUAUGGUUUCCUCGCAUGAUCUUGAGGUGAGAUCAUCUCUUUUUGCAGCAGCAUGCUUUAGUGAAGUAGCAGAUGACUUUGCAUUGGUUGUUCUUGGGAUGUUAGUUGACAUGGUGACAUUCCCAGAAUUAGCGCCAAUGACCAGGUUAGCUGCUGUGCGAGUUUUUGCAAAAAUGGGAUGCUCACAUGCAAUUGCUAAUAGAGCAUUCAAGAAAGGACUAAAGCUAAUGCUGGAUACCUCUGAAGAGGACAAUGUGGUUGCAUUUCUGGUUUCCCUGACUAAGCUAGCUGCAAAAUCUACUAAUCUAGCUUCUGAACUGAGAGAAACUGUGAUGCCGUUUCUGGAUGAAGAUAAGACACCUCGUAUACGAGCUGUUUCACUGAGGUGUCUCCAUUUUCUCGUAGAAAGAGGGAUGUGCUUCUCUCUUGUCCAUGCAAGUACAAUUGAAAUGUUAUCCAGCUUACUUAACAAAGCUGAACUCUCGCCAGAUAUGCUGAUUCAAGCUCUUCAGAUUUUGCAUAAGAUACUUGCAUACAAACUAUGUACAGCUGAUGCAUCUGAUUUUUCUCAGUUGAUAAUAAUCGUCGAGAAUGCAUCCCAUUCUCCAAUCAUGUCCAGCAGCUAUUCAGCUAUCAGUAUUCUGGCAGAUUUAGUAAACGGAAUAGUUCAGACUGCAGAAAAGAGAUCACUUGGGGUUCCUUCAACAUCUCUGCCAUUGCUGGUCAUUGAAUUAAUUACUGGUAAGCUUACUUUGCUGUGUCGAUCAUGUGCUAAUCCUUUUCAGGUUGAUUGUGCUCUAGUUGGCGAGGUUCAAAACCUCUUCAAUCGCCUCCGAUUAGUUGGAAAACAUUCUGAAAUGGGACCUCCGGUUCUGGAUAAGAUCAUCUUCCUUCUAGAAUAUGUCAGGGGCCUGGUUGAUAGCUCAAUGAAAAUAGAUGGUGCUGCUCCACUAGUUCUUGGCAUUGUUAAUUAUAAAGGCAAAAGGGGAACAGUGGUAAGGUCAGAGCUUCUAGCCUGCAUACAUAAGUUCUUGGUUGCUUUCCUUGAGGAUCUUGAGGUAGCUGAUGCAAUCUCAUCUCAAACGUAUGAAAAAGUGAAGCAUAUUGUUGAGUUUGUAUGUUCAUGCAGCUUCCUUGAUAGAUAUACGCAAAUGGUCUACUCUCUUCUAUUACAUUCUCAAGUGGUUUGGGGUUGGCUUGUGAAUGAGACGAAGACAAAAUGUGAUGUGGACGGAAAUUCAGACAUCUUGCUUGUUCCUGGCUCGUGUGAAUAUGGAAUCUUUACUCUUGAAUGUUCAAAUCAGAUAUUUACGGAGGGAGAUUACUGGCCAGUUUAUAGAGCUGGGAUACAUGCAGCUCGUUUAGGUGCAUGGGUCACAUCAGCUUUUAUUUUUGCGCAGCUGAGAACCAAAGUUCAGUCUGAUAUUUACAGUGUCUGGUUAAAGUCAUUAACUUAUUUUGCUUAUGCUGAGGGGAAAAUCCAAUUGCUCUCCUCACCAGUUGGUAAUUCCAGGUUAGUCAAUUGGUUGGGUUCGAAUGAUUGUCUACCGGAAUUUUCCCUAGAUACAUCUGGAAAAUCUGACCAUAGCGUUGUUCUUCAUGAAGCGUACAAGCAUUUAGCCUCUUCUCUGGAAGCAUUGGAGAGCAAUGUAGCAUCAAUUGAAGUAUUCUGUUUCCAAAAAUGGUUUAUGGUUCUUAAGAAUCGAGUCCUGGGUACUGUGCUUGAUUACUUUAAACUCCUAGACCUCUUCAAUCAGGACAUCAACAGUGGCAAGAAGCAAGCAGAGACUAGGACAUUGGUUGGUUGCAAUAUUCUCAACCAGUUUACCCAAAUUUCCAUUCGGCUGCAAACAUUGGCCAAGGAAUAUGAUACUAUGGCCACAUGUUUCAUUGACAUAGAUCAUGGCAGUUCUAACAUCAUUGCUGAAGUUGCACUGAGCUGCUCAGUCCUGGCUUUUGCUGUUGGGUUUGCUCUUUUCAUUCGAGAAUUGCCUCUUCAUGAAACUUUGGCUCCUUGCACUUCACGAAGCAGUUUAUGCUCGAGGCUCAUUCAAGAUUUAGCUGGGCGUUUGUGGCAGGUUGAUCCUGAAAUCAGCAAAAACCUCACCCUUCUCGUUAAGGUUAAUGAACCAUCGAAGAACUGUUUCCACCUGCAACCUAGGAACCAGACAUUGAGAGUCUGUGGCAAAGUGAAGGGUCUGCUCUCUAUUUGCAGAGAUGUCAUUUCAGGCAUUUCUAGCUUACGGGAACAGGUAAAUGCAGUUCAUGAUAAGGAGAUUAUGUCUGAAAUUACUAGGGAACAUCAUCAUCUCCUUUCCGAGGCAGUUGUGAAAUGGAUUUGUAUUCCUUUUGGCUCUCCAAAGUACUUCUUCUGCAUAAGGCCUUUUGUUGGCUCGGAGCUCUUUACACGAAACUCAGAUAGCAGGAAUGCUGACAGAAUUUCAGUUGAACAAGGGUUUCACUUGCCGCUGGAUCUUUGUCUCCAACUGAAAAAUAGACGUUCAAAGCUCCCUGUGCAAAUAACUAGGUUAUACUGCCUUCUCUACACUAGACUAGCCUUUCACAUCCCCGGAGAAAAAGGGCAAGAUCAAUCUUGUUGUUCACCUUGGAAGAACGAAGACUUGAUGGAAAUGAGUGAGAAGCUGUUUCAGCAUGCCACAAAAUCGGACAAGUGGAAAGAUCCAGAAAGAAAUGACUGGAAGAACAGUGGAAAAGGUGUGGUUGCAAUUGUGAAACUCGAGCCAAAUGAGAGAGGACAAGGGUUUUCAAGCUGCUUGCUUGACGUUACUCGUUUCCCGGUGGGUUCAUAUCAGAUAAAAUGGCAAAGCUGUUGCAUUGACAGCUCGGGUUGCUACUGGAAUCUUCUUCCUCUCAAUGCUGGACCAGUCUUUACUGUUCUCAAAGCCCCUGUUCCAUGACCGUAUGGCCAUUACCAUUACCUGAAUCUGAACCAUUAAAGAGCCAAGGAAGGAAUUGGGCAUGCAAAUGGUGGUUUCCAUCUAAACCUACUGCGAAAAAGCUCGACGAGGAAAGAUACUCACAUGGGUAAGUCUAAGCACAGAGAUGAAGCAGAGAUUGCCCUUUCGGACAACUCACAAUCUGUGGGACGACACAGAAUCUUAAUGUGUUUCAGUCAAACCGCUAACAUAGUUUGUGUUUUCAGGUGGUAAUCUCUCAGAAGCUGGCAAGGUAAAGAAAGAAAAGGUAUUUGUAUAUAUAAAGCCUGCAUGAAAGAUGAAAGGCUAACUGCCUAAACGUCGUUUCCUUGUAAUUGACAUUUAUCUUCGAAUUAAUUGUGUUGUUAAUUAAACUAGUAACACGAAAUAACGCAUGAUUAUUAGUUAUUUAAUCUGAAAAGAAACGAAAUGAUGACGUUU